AUGAAAUAUCUAUUCUAUUUUAUUCUUAUACAUUUGAUUAUUGGUGCACCACAAAUUAAUUUAUAUUAUACAGAUGAAGUAAGUGAAAUUAAUAAUGGAAUACAACAUGAUUGUAUACGCACCAGUGCGUCACUCGAAGAGGCGGAUAUUACGCGACAGAUAAUGACCUAUUGUAUGGGUGAAUCAUCAGCGAAAUUUAACGCUGCAACGGAUAAAAACUUUCCAAAUUUUACUUUUGCUCAACUUUCGGAAAAUAAUGUAACCAGUCAAGAAUUAUACCAAUGGUCAGCAUCGAUUGAUCUUAUUGAGCGAUACGAAUUUUAUUUAAAUCAAUCAACAAAAUCAUCACUCGAAAACAAUGUAUUUUAUAAUUGUACAUUUCCAAGAUUUGGUUCGACGUGUCAGUACGAAUUAAAUAAUUAUGAUCCAAGUCAGUUAUCUUUAUAUGAAUUUAUUGAUAAUUAUUAUCAUAGUUAUGAAUAUGUACCAACUGAUUUUACUUGUUAUAUUCAUUUGAAUUGUACACGUGGAUAUUCACCAGCAUGUUUAGAUUGGAGUGAAAUUUGUGAUGGAAAAGUUGAUUGUCUUAAUGGACCAGUUGAUGAAGAACAUUGUUGGCAAUUAGAAAUGAAUCAAUGUCAAAAUAAUGAAUAUCGAUGUUAUAAUGGACAAUGUAUACUACGUGAAUUUUAUCACGAUGAUUCAAAAAAUCCUGAUUGUAUUGAUAAAUCCGACGAAAUUUUUCAACUUUAUGAUAUUAAUAAUUAUGUCGACAUUUUAGAGUUUGGUCACAUUGUUAAGCACUGUCGUGCACAUGAACCAUCAUUUGGAUGUGAAGAUAUCAUAUGUAAACAUACACCGCUAACAAGUUCUUGUGUUAAAGACCGUAGAGAUCUACUCAUGAAAUCGAUGUAUUCAAUUAAAGAUACUUCUAUACGUGAUGAAUGCUGGUCAGCAAUGAAAUGUCUUUUUGGUGUUCCAAAUCUCGAAUAUCCAGAUAAUCAUAUUUAUACUGCCAUGACAGUAUGUGCACGUGCAGUUUCCGAGACAUGUCCGGAACUGAUGUAUUUUCCAAAUAUUCCAGUUUUAUUUGGUCAUCUGUAUACUGCUUAUCACAAAAGUGAUGCACAUCAUACGGGCGGUUGGGCAUAUAGAUCUCCUUAUAUAUGUUCUCAUAAUUCUCUUUAUGAUAAUUAUUUGGAAAAAACUACGAAGAUUUCAUUUAAAAAUACAACGUGUUUUCGUGCUAAAGUAAAAGAUGAUCACCCGUCUAACAUAAAUUGGGAUUGGAAAUAUCAUAAGCAUUUGAACGAAUUAUUCCAUCUGCUUAAAAAUCAUGAUCGAUUUACAAAUUACACAUCUGAAAUACGUAAUGAAUUGAACUUAUACCAAUGCAUUAAUUCGUCCACAUACAUUCCAAUGCAUGACAUUAUGGAUGGUGUACCUAAUUGUCCUCGUCACGAUGAUGAGAAGAUCUUUGAUAGUAAUUAUACUAAUGAUAUACUGGAAAAAGUCAAAGAAAAAUAUUACAAAUGUGAAGAAUCUGGCAAAGAUAUUCUUAUAGAUGUUAUCGGAGAUUGUAAAUGUGAUUGUCAAUCUAAUACGUAUUACAUAUGUGAAGAUGAAAAUAAAGAUUUUAUAUACAGUCGAAAAAAAAUAUCAUUUCAGACGAUUUGUGAUGAACAUACGGAAUUGUCAACAAUAAAUAUUGAAGGAACCAAUGAAACAGAUGAAACCGAAUGUAAACAAUGGGAAUGUAAUAAUAUUUAUACUCGUUGUGACGGAUUGUGGAACUGUCCUAAUGGAAUAGAUGAAGCUGGUUGUAAUUUAUCGCCAUUCUUUAAUUGUUCUUCAGAUCAACACGUAUGUAUUUCACCACAUACAUAUACAUUUAUGUGUUUAUCGAUCACGAAAGCAAAUAAUGGCAAAAUGGAUUGUCUUGGUGGUAUGGAUGAGCCACGAAUCUGUCAAAGCAGUACUCUUUUUAAUGUAGAUAAUCGUUUUCAUUGUUUCAAUCAUACUUCUAAUCUAUGUAUUUAUGACUUUCAAGUAUGUAACAAUGAAAAUAACUGCAAAUAUCGAGAUGAUGAAAAAUUUUGUGAAAAAAAUCGAACAGCAGAUUUGCGCGAUAUUUGUGGUAAUAUUAACAAAUAUUUUGUUUCGAAUGUUGAAAAGUUUAUGUGCAAUCAUUUCGGUAAUAAAUUAAAACAAACAAGGAAAUAUUUUACAAUUAAUCAAAAGCAUAAAUCAGUCAAAAAUAACGUUUCUACAUGUUCAUCAAUCAUUCGAAGACCUCAACACCAACCUUAUUGUCAUCGUGGUCUUAAUGUACUUGUUUGGUUGAACAAUUCUACAAGAAUUACAUGUCUUUGUCCACCAAGUUUUUAUGGUAAUCAAUGUCAAUAUCAAAAUCAACGAAUCAAUAUUGUUACCAGAUUUCGAGCAUUAUCAGAAUCGAGACAAACAUUAUUUGCAAUCGUUAUUUUACUUAUUGAUAAUAGUAAUGAACGAAUUAUUCAUUCAUUUGAACAAUUUACUUAUAUAUCAAUAAGAGAUUGUAAAAUGAAAUUUAAUAAUUAUUUAUUUUAUUCAACUCGACCAAAAAAUUCAAACAAAAAUUAUUCAAUACAUAUUGAUAUCUAUGAAAAAAAUUCGACCAUUCAUCGGGGAAGUUUAUUAUUUCCAAUUAAUUUUGCAUUUUUACCUGUUCAUCGUCUUACGCUUUUAGUCAAUAUUCCAGGAAAUGCUCAUUUUAUUCAAAGUUGUUUAAAUAAUAAAUGUAUUCAUGGAAAAUGCAUUAAAUAUUUUAAUAAUUUAGAAACAUUUUGUCAAUGUGAACCAGGCUGGUCUGGAAAGUAUUGUAAUAUUCAAUAUAAUUACACAUGCUCAUCGGAUUCUACUUUUAUCGGCAUUUCUGCAAACAAUCGAUCUGUAUGUGUUUGCCCAGCGAAUAAAUUUGGUUCUCGAUGUCUUCUUGUCGAGAAUACCUGUAAAACUGCAUGUAAAAAUGGUGGUCAGUGCAUUGUUAAUGAUGAUUAUAUGGUGUCGAGCCCAAAAUAUACAUGUAUUUGUCCGAAAGGUUAUGAUGGAGAUCGAUGUGAAAAAGCACAAGCUAAUAAUAAACUUCAAAUAACAUUCGGCAAAGGUAUUCUUUUAACAGAAUCAUUAUUUAUUCAUUUUAUAGAAGUUCAUGAAGAUAAUGAACCAACAAGAGAAACAACAUUACGAAGGAUUUUUGGUAUUAGAGAAAACGAAUUUAUUGUUCAUUGGACACGGCCAUUUCAUUUAGUUUUUCUUGAACUCCCCAGUAAUAAUUAUUAUUUAACUGUUAUUCAAGAGAUACACAAUCAAUCAGCAACGAUUAUCAAAACAAUAAAUCCAUCAGAUCGUUGUCCACAUAUUAGUGAACUAUUCAAUACAACAUUUGCUCAAUUGCAUCUUCUUCGACGUAUUAAAUAUUAUCAUAUACCAUGCCAACGACAACAACUAAAUCUUUCAUGUUUUUAUGAUAAUGAUCAUCUAUGUUUAUGUUAUACUUUUGGUCAAAAACGUUUAGCUAAUUGUUUUAAUUUUCAUCAUAAUAUGACAUUCGAUUGUUCUGGAGAAAGUGAAUGUGAAAAUGGUGGUAAAUGUUUUCAAGAUUCUCCAGAUUGUCCAAAAACAUCUAUAUGUAUUUGUUCUCCAUGUUAUUAUGGAAAACGGUGUCAACUUAGUACAACUAGAUUUGGUUUAUCGCUGGAUGCUAUUAUAGGUCAACAUAUUCUACCAAAUACUAAUUUUAUACAUCAACUAUUUAUUGUAAAAUUCAGUUUAGCAUUGACAGUGAUAUUCAUUAUUGCAGGAUUUAUCGAUAGUAUUCUUACUUUUAUUACAUUUAAGAAUAAAACUAUAUGUGAAGUUGGUUGUGGAAUAUAUUUAUUAGUAUCAUCAAUAACUACUUUACUGACAAUGAUAAUGUUUGGAUUGAAAUUUUUUAUUCUUCUUAUUGUACAAAUGACAAAUAUAUCGAAUCGAUCGUUCUUACAAGUUCAAUGUACAUCAUUAGAUUUUCUUCUUCACAUUUGUCUUUACAUGGAUCAAUGGUUAAGUGUAUGUGUGGCUGUUGAACGAUGUACUACAACAAUUCAAGGUACACGUUUUAACAAGAAAAAAAGUGCAAAAACAGCUAAAAAAGUGAUUGUUAUACUUUUAAUUAUUAUUAUUGGUACAAAUAUUCAUGAUCCUAUUCAUCGACGUUUGAUUACUGAGGAGAAUAAUAAUGAUGAUAAUGAUAAACGAAUAUGGUGUACAACUAAUUAUUCACGUCGAGUACAAGUAUAUAAUUCUAUUAUAACUACUUUUUAUUUUUUUGCUCCAUUUAUACUCAAUUUAAUCUCAGCUAUUAUUCUUAUAGUAAAAAAAUCUCGUCAACAAUCAAAUGUUCAUGUUAAUCGAGAUUACAGAGAAAUUCUAAAAGAAAAUUUUCGAGAACAUAAAAAUUUACUUACUGCACCCAUUGUUUUAGUUAUUCUUGCAAUACCACGUUUAAUUAUUUCUUACAUAUCAAAAUGUUUAACUUCAAUGGAUAAUCCAUGGUUAUAUCUCGUGGGAUAUUUUAUAUCAUUUAUUCCACCAAUACUUACUUUUAUUGUAUUUGUAUUACCAUCAAAAUUUUAUAAAACUCAAUGUCGCAAAACUGUCGUACAAUAUCGAACUAUGAUACGAGAACGGUUACAUCUUAAUUCAUAA